CAAAAACCAAAAAACACUGUUUUUUUUCCCCUAUCAUUUAUCUUAGCUAAGAACACCAGAAAAAGCCAUAAGCGAGAAGGAAGGUUUGAAAAUGAGAAUUACAAACCCAUUCAAAGAUCAAUCUCUCUCCUUCUCUCUCACAAAGAGACUCAUUCCUUGGACUCUCUAUGCUAUACUUCCCAUAGCUCUGCUUCGCUUAUACUUCUAUCCUCUACCCUUUCUUCCAUCUCCAGUUACUGAGCUUCCUAAUUCCAACCACAUCACCUUCAUCUCCCACUCUUCUUCUUCUCCUCCUCCUCUUCUUUCUUCUUCAGAAAAGGAACAAGCUUUUGAGACCCCAUGUGACUACUUUAAUGGGAAAUGGAUCCGUGACAGGAGAGGUCCUUUGUACAAUGGUACCACUUGUGGUACCAUCAAAGAAGGCCAGAAUUGCAUCAACCAUGGAAGACCUGACUCGGGCUAUCUUUACUGGAGAUGGAAACCAAAUCAAUGCAAUCUUCCAAGGUUUGAACCUAACACUUUUCUCCAACUCAUUGAGAACAAGCAUGUAGCUUUUGUUGGGGACUCUAUGGCUAGGAACCAAUUAGAGUCCCUUCUUUGCUUGUUAGCCACUGCUUCAACCCCUAACCUUGUCCACCGAAAUGGUGAGGAUAACAAAUUUCGUCGGUGGCAUUUUCCUUCUCACAAUGUGAGUGUUUCAGUUUAUUGGUCCCCAUUUCUUGUGCAUGGUGUUGAGAAAUCAAACUCAGGGCCAAAUCAUAAUGAGUUGUAUUUGGAUCAUGUUGAUGAGAGGUGGGCUGGGGAUAUGGAUCAAAUGGACUUGAUUGUGCUAUCAAUUGGGCACUGGUUUUUGCAUCCUGCAGUAUACUAUGAGGGUGAUUCAGUUUUGGGUUGUCAUUACUGUCCUGGUCUUAAUCACACUGAGAUUGGGUUUUAUGAUGUGCUAAGAAAGGCUUUAAGGACUACCCUUAAUAGCGUAGUUGAUAGGAGAGGAGGUAAAGGCAAUGGAAUUGAUGUAAUUGUGACAACAUUUUCACCUGCUCAUUUUGAAGGUGAAUGGGAUAAGGCUGGUGCUUGUCCAAAGAUUAAGCCUUAUAGAAAUGGGGAGAAGCAACUUGAAGGUAUGGAUGCUGAGAUGAGAAAGAUUGAGAUUGAAGAAGUGGAAGAUGCACAGGAAAAAGCCAAUAAAUUUGGAGGGAUUAGGUUGGAGGCAUUGGAUGUAACCAAAUUAGCAUUAUUGAGACCUGAUGGCCACCCAGGUCCUUAUAUGUAUCCUUUUCCAUUUGCUAAUGGGGUUCAAGAGCGUGUUCAGAAUGAUUGUGUUCAUUGGUGCUUGCCAGGGCCUAUAGACACAUGGAAUGAAAUUUUUCUGGAGCUUCUGAAGAAGUGGGAGGAACACUCAAGGACUGAAGAGUGAAGAGUGAGGUAUUUCUCAGAUCUUGUUAAUUUAUUAUUUGUUAUACUUUAACGUUUCCACUAAAUAGGUUAUGGAUAUUGCAAUGGAAAAGAUCAAAUUUUUAUUUUUUUGUUUAAGGAACAUAUAUAUUUUUUUUCGCGGGGUGGGGGUUAUCCAAGAAUGCUUGGACUCUCUUCUUCCGUAAUGGAAAAGGUAAUAUUUAAAACACUAGAUAUUGAUGAGGAAAAAUGGAGAGCGACAAAGUAUGGGUGCGAAAGACAAUAAUGUUUCUGGAA